AUGGGCUACAACGGGCAUAGAUCUGAAGCUCUCCGCUGUCAGCGGCGAGUGGGAAUGGCGUCAAAAAAAAAAAAAAAGAAAAAAAAAAAAGAUUGGCGCCAGCGGCUGGAACGUCUGAAAGUCUUCUGGAAGAGUGUGGAGAUGAUGGAUGGAUGGAUGGGUAUGGGCUGGGACCUGGGGCUGCAGGUGGCAGGUGGCAGGCAGGUGGCAGAUAGCCGCAAGGCACCAGACAGCACAGCACAGCACAGCACAGCACAGCACACGGCAUCCCAGGACCAGGGCAUCUGCGUCGAACAAGGCACGGCACCAGACACAAAGGACCAGCAAGGACCAGCAAGGCCAGCAAGGACCAGCAAGGCCAGCAAGGACCAGCAAGGCCAGCAAGGCCAGCAAGGCCGGCAUGGCCGGCAUCAAUCUCAGCCCUACACGGGCCGGGCCUGA